GCGGCGCAGCGGCGCUUCAGGAUCACAGGCGCAGGGGAAAGGGGAGGGGGGGAGCGUGGGCUGCAGUGUCCGUGUUUUCCGGAAGAGAAGGUGUGAAGCAUGGGACACAUCUGCUGCCAGGGGCUGAUCCUGCCUCACACCUAGAAGAUCAUCUGCUCUCAAGCAGUCGGGACAUCUCCUCCUCCCGGCGGAGAGCUGCAGGAUAGCCCGUUUUGGGGUCAUCUGAGGGCCGCGGGCCUGCCCAGGUCACAUUGAUGCUGGUGGUUGCUUCCCCCCUUCACCGGGUGCCAUGGCAAUGAGUAGUGACCCCGGCCAGAGGCUGGACUCUGAGUCCUCCAAGCAAUCUGGUAGUCUCACAGACAUCAUGGCCGCCAUGAAAACAACAGACACUGAAGGAUCAUCUGCCAAUGGCAUAAAGAACGGCAAGGCCCAGCAGGAUGGGAGUCAGAGCAAGAAGGUUCAGGUGCAGCGACCCCACCUGUCUGCGAGGAAGCUGUCCCUUCAGGAGAGGGGCACCUAUCAGUCAGCGGGCCCAGAGGGUGCUUACCCGCACAUUUCCCCUCGUGGUGCUCGCAGACCCACAGUGGAGUCCAAACGGGUGUCCAUAUCAGACUCUCAGGAUUGUAUCCAGCUGAACCAGUAUAAACUGAAGAGUGAAAUUGGAAAGGGUUCCUAUGGAGUGGUCAAGCUCGCCUACAACGAAGAUGAUGACAAACAUUAUGCCAUGAAGGUUUUGUCCAAGAAGAGGUUGAUGAAGCAGUGUGGUUUCCCACGUCGCCCUCCUCCCAGAGGACCCAGGGCAGCCCAAGGAGAGCAACCUAAAGUCUUAGGACCCUUGGAAAGAGUUUACCAAGAGAUUGCCAUUCUGAAAAAGCUGGACCAUGUCAACAUUGUCAAACUGGUGGAGGGGUUGUGUUGA